AUGGACGCCGAACCUUCGUCGGUGUCUUCGAGCUGGGCGGGUUCGGCUGCUGGCAAGUCGGCCAAUCGAAAAGAGCGUGGUCAUAUCGCGCAACGGGCUUGCGAGGUCUGCCGCCGCAGGAAGCAGAAAUGUGACGAAGAGAAGCCAACGUGCGGCUAUUGCUUCAAGGCUCGGCUGGAGUGUGAUUACGGAAGCCCCAAACCAACCAAGAAAGACAAGACAUUGGUCGAGUUACUCGACCUUGUAACCAACAUCAACCAGCAUACUAGUCAUAUUCCAGAAUUAUACACCCAGCUACUGACCUUGCGAGACAGCAUACCGGCCUCUCUUCCUAUCGAGCACAGCGGCGGCAGCAGUAGCAGCAGUGACAGAGCGUCGUCAACGGCCACAUUGCAGCCCUCACGUCGGCUCGGUCCAACUUCUCAACACCAGGCAGCACGCCGUUAUGCUUCCGCCGUGAACAAGAUGAUAAUAUGGCCUGCAGUACGACAAACGCUUGAGAACGUCCGGCCCAAGAUACCCGGCCUCCAGGCCAUCUUUCAGAGGCCCGGUUUCUCAUCGGUUUUGCUGGAGCAGCGAGAAGACGCCCGGCGUCUGCCUCGAGGAGGUGUAGAAUCCAUGGCCUCGCGAGAUCGCAUCGCACUAGGAAUCGCUCCCGACGACCUGAGUCCAGUUCACAUGGCGACUAUAAGUCCUCACGUCCUCGAGGACCAUGCUAGAAUUUACUUCAACACCUUCAACCGGAUUCACCCUGUCCUAGACCGCCAGUAUUUCAUGGGUGUGGUGUUUCCUGGAGUUCUCAUGAACAAUUUCGACGAGGAUGCGUCAUCUACUCUGUUGUGUCUAGUGUUGGCACUCGCCGAAGUAGCCAUGGCAGACGUGUCAGGUAGAGGUCUUCUGUCGUUCCAGGACCAACCUCGCAAACCGGACGACACUACAGAGAAGAUCGAGUACCGGCCACCGGGAAUUGAGUUCUUCAACGAAGCAAGGCGGCGCUUAGGCUUUUCUAUGGGCGAUUACAGCUUGGAAAGCAUACAAAUGUACAUCCUGGCAGGCUUGUAUUACGAGUCUUGUUCUCAACACACGGAAUCCUGGAAAAUGACCAUAUCCGCGUCCUUGGCUUGCCACGCACUGAUUGCCAAGUAUGAACCACAGCGAGAUUCCUUGACGGCCAGGGCUGACUAUAACCCUGCCGAACUUGAUGCCGCCCAUGGCGAUCAGAUCUGCCGGGCGUUCUGGUAUUGCUCCAUCGCCGAAACGAGUCUCCGGCUAGAGCUCCAGUUGCCCUUGACCGGUCUUGACAAGCUGGAACCAAGUAUCCAAAUGCCCCAGUUUCCCGAAUAUGUCACCACGACCGACCAACUACUUCGUGCGCAGAUGUACAAUGACAGAUUGUCUCAUUGCGGCGAGAUAUUUAGUUACCAGAUUUCUCUCCGAAACCUCGCCGUCAAAGUACACAACGGGCUGAAGCGAGUUGUUGAAGGGUCCGCCUCUAUCUCGGAUCAGUCGUUUUCUGGUUCAGUCGACUCUCUAAGAACCGGCAUUGAUGAGCUAGCUAGGCAGCUGGAACAGUGGCAUAGUUCUCUACCAAGUUACUUGAGCUGGGACCGUAACCUUGCCCCUACUGUCUUUCCAAGCCACGAAAUCCAACACCCCGGCCAGUCGUUUUAUGGUCAGAGCAUGUAUGCUGCCGGGUCAAUGGAAGGGUUGCAGUCAGCUCCCAUCACCGACUUCAUCGCGUCCGACAUCGGGAACCCCCAUGCCAACACUGGCUAUCCUAAUUCGGACAUUGUGGUGCUCGCUGUCAUGCGCUCGCGUUAUUACCACCUCGAAACUCUUCUCUAUCGACCUUUCAUCUAUAGAGUUCUACACGAAAACCCGGAUACCUUGACCGAAGCAGACGUGUCGGGAACCACAAGGUUUCUCCACGCCUGCGUUCUCUGGCCUAUCAUGGUUCCGCCGGUCUCUCAACACAAACGUAUGAUUCCGUGCCUCUACUUUUGGCUGCAGAAUAUCUUGGACGUGCUCGUGGUCUUGCACCUGUCCGUCAAAAACCCUAUAUUAUCCAACAUCCGACAUGGCCAUUGCCGCCAAGGGUACGAGCAAGAAGCCGAGCUGACUAUAGAGUGGGGUAUUGCAUGGAUACGGGAUCUUAAAGACGCCGAUAGAGCUGCACAAUGGUGUUGGACGAUUCUCAAAAGCCUGUAUCGACUCGAAUGA